AUGAAAACCUCCAUAACCCUCCCCACUGGCCUCCCCCCGCUCACCCUGCGCACCAUCACCCUCGGCCUCGAGCUCGAAUUCCUCAUCACCCACCUCCCGCACCCCAUCGAAACCCACAACGAGCUCCUCAACGCCCCCAGCACCUUCGCCCUCAUCAGCGCCGCCCUCACCCCUCUCUGCACAUCCCUCCGCCUCCCACCCCCCGGCCACACCCCAAUCACCCCCCACACCACCUUCGUCGUCAAGCGCGACACCAGCAUCUACCCCUCCACCGGCCGCCCCGCGCGCCCCAUCGGCGGAUCCCGCCUAGCAACUGAGGGCGGCGUCGAGGUCGCCACCCCGAUCCUCUCCUACGGCACGUAUGCGCGCGUCGUGCACACCAUGUGUGCGGCCAUCACGGACGCCGUCGCCGCGGUCGGCGCCAGGGUGGAGUGUAACCGCUCCACGGGCCUCCACGUGCAUAUCGGCCUGGGCCGGCAAUAUACGCUCGACGAGCUGAAGCGGCUCGCGAAGGCGGUGGUGAUUUUCGAGGCGCGCAUGGACGCGCACCAUCCGCCGCACAGGGACGGGAGCGCGCCGAGCGCGGACGGGAGUAACUAUAUACGGUCGUGCAACGGGAAUGAGGCGUUGCGGCGGCUGGAUAUGGCCGGGAGGGUGGCGAUGGUGGAUGGUGCGGGGUCGUAUCUGGCGCUGUGCGCGAUUAUGAACACGGGGCGGUUUGUGGGGGCAAGGAGGAUUGAGGAGAUGUCGUGUCGGUUCUAUAAGUAUAAUUUUGAGGCUGUGGGGCAGUAUGGGACGGUGGAGUUCCGGCAGGCGGCGGGGACGCUGGAUGCGGUGUGGAUUGAGGACUGGGUGGUGAGGGUGGUGAGGUUUGUGACGGCGGCGUUAAGGACUGAGGAUGAUGUUUUUAGGGAGUGGGCGCUGGUGGAAGGCGGCCCUGGUGAUCCGGUGGUGCUGGAGAGAUUUGGGAUUGGCGAGCUGAGCGAGAGUACGACGAUGAGGAGGAAUCGGCGCAGGAGGGCGGAGAGUGAUACUAGAGAUUUGGGGCCUGGUAUUAAGAGAUCCAGACUGUCGGCCGUCACGUAUCCUGAGAUGCCAAAUCUUGGGCCUUCGACCCUCGAUCCAGAGCCCAAGACCACUCUUCCCCAAAAUUCAACUCCCAAGCUACCUGACCCUUCUGCUUCGACUCUCCCUCUAAAGCCUAAAAUAACCGCUCAAAAACCUGUAGAAAGAGACAUUACCUACCCCGAUCUCCCCGCCCGGCACCCCCCCAGAACAGCCACAGACCCCCACAAAACCGAUCCCGCCUCCAGGCGAACCCUUUCCCGCGACGAAUCCACCGGCACCACCACCAGACCAAAAGUGCCCAUCCCCAAGUUCAAGAGGAGACCCAUCGCCAUCCUCGCCCCAAAGCCUAAACCUAAACCAGCUGUGCGCGCACCACUUUAUAUCCCCCCAACGCUCCCCGACCCCAAUCGCAAGAUACCGACAAUGAUCCAGCCCGACCCCGCAAGUGGGAUUCCGGUGAUAGUUCUUGCGGACCCCGAUGAGACACCCAUCAUCGCAUAUGAGCGUGUCGAUAGCGACGUUGAGUCUCUUCCGUCGGUCGUCAGUGAUGAUGGGGAGUCGAUGUCUGGGGAGUCUAGGAGCGAGUAUGAGCCGCCAAAGCUUUACGACGAGACUAGGCAGAGUGCGUAUGUGCUUCCUGUUGUUACGGCGGUGACGCUGCCGUUGGCGAUAUUGGCACUGGUGUGUCUUAGGAAUAUGUAG